CGGCCUCGCCCUCGCCCACCUUUAGGAUCCUGAAAAGCAUAUCCAAUCACAAUCACGGAUUCCAUAUCCACCAGGCCCCAUCAUCUCGCCGUUGCUGUUGCUCCUCCUCCUCCUUCUGCUCUUCCCUCGGAGCUCCGCCAGCGUUUCGGGCGACGCUAGCGUCUCUCUUGCAAAGGCCCUCGAAUGCCGCCAGCUGUGCUCUACUCGAUCAAUCGAUUGCUGCUGCAGAGUGCCGUGCCCGCUCAACUCUCCGCUCAAGCCGCCAACGCUCCCGUCCCCGUCGAAGGUGCGCGAGGGCAGGCACAGCAAUCCCUACCACCCUGGCUCACCUGGUCGCCUAUCGAACAACCUCCAGGCGUCUUCACCUCCACCCCUGUCCUCGACUCGGCCGCUCUGCGCUCCGUGCUGCCCACGCAAUCCUACUGCGGCCCACCGUACGUUCCCCUCGGCGCAGGUUGGGUCGACUGCUCGGGUCAGACCAUCACCGCGGCCUACACGCUUCCCACCGGGCCGCCUUCUCAGGCACCUCGACCAACCGCCACAGCCGCUCCAUCCAUGUCCUCAUGGCCAGCCGGCAGCAGCGGCGGCAUCUCUAGCGGCGGCCCCUAUUCCUUCUCCCACGGCAACGGCUACAGCGAUGUGUACGGUAGCAGCGACUAUGGCGAUCCCUUUUCCAACGGUGUCUCCCCGUACAGCCAGCCUUUUGGAAGUGGUGGCAGCAUUUUCACUGAGCCCUUGUCCGAUCAGCCUCAGACUGGCGAUGCCACGCCAACCUUUUCGACGACCAGCGACACUUACUUUACCAAUCUGCCGACCAGCAUCAGCUCGGUGGAACCGAGUUCGUCGAAGGGGCCAAGCCUCUCGGGCGAUGCGACCCAAACAGCCACAACUGCGAUUCCCACAUUGACCAACACACCUCUUCCGUCGCAACACGGAUCUUCAAGUACAACUCUACCUACGGGCGCCAUCGUAGGCAUAGCUGUCGGUGGGGCAGUCGCGGCUUCGGUGCUCGCUCUGCUCGCGUUCCUGUUCUGCCGUAGACGUCGUCAGCGAGAUGCGCAGCCGACAGACCCGGCAGGCAUCCUUGCCCAAGGUCCAGGUGGCGGAAGCACGGGCUCGCGAAGGCGUUUGAAGCGGAGCAAAGCACCUAGCGCUUUGGAGGUCUUCAAUGCCAACGUGGCCGCGGGUCAUGGCGACGGCGGCAUGGCUUUCCAGAACCGUCCUCUUUCACCGACACAGAUGAGGGGUAGCGACAUGGCCGUGCCAGCGUACCUGCCUCCGCGCAGCGGCCAGCUGUACGUCGUCAACGGUGGGAGCAGACCCACGUCGAUGCCGGAUGAUGAGGAGGUGUUGCGGGAUGCGCAGCCACAUGCAUUUGCCGGACUUGCGGGUGUAGGUGCAGCGGGCGUCGACAGAGAUUCGCUGCCCAAUCAUCAUCCUAACUACAGUCAGGGCACGUUGGACGAUUCAUGGCAGCUCGUGACUCGUACCACCGUUGGCGGCUCGGGUGAACGGCCCAGCACUAGCGACUACGGCAAGCACUCUCAAGAAGAUUCGUCCAAGACGCACUCGCCAGCAUCCAACAGGCUGUCUCUGGGUCCCAUGCCUCGACCUCCCCUCACGCGGGCGCACGUCUCUUCACUACAUCAUCUGCACAACGAAGCUACGAGCGCUCCUUCCACCGACUUUCAGCUUACACCUGCUACUGGCUCUUUUCCGCGAGGCUUCGAGCAAAGCGGCAGCACUACGCGCCCGGCAGCACCGCCAGGUCGAUCGACAUUUCCCAUGGUGCCGUACCCUGAACCCUUAUCUGCCGACUCCAUCUACACAGACUACGGCAACGUGCCACUGACCCCGCCCGUUGCGACUACCCGAUCGACGGCACCACUGAACAUUCAAGCAGGCAUCGCGCCAAAUGGGCGCAGGGCCCUGCCUGCAACGCCACAAAGCGCCAGAAGACCCUUACCACCCACACCCACCCCUGCAGGCUGGACGAUGUCCGCAUCGCCAUCACCCAGCGCCCACACCUUUGCAGCUCCCACCUUGCCGCGCACACCGCCAGCUGCGCUUCACCGCGGCUCUGUCGCGAGCACGGUGAUGCCGGCAGAUCUGGCGGCCAGCAGGCCAACAUCGCCCACCAGUCCGCGCACUCGAGCAGUAGCCGCUGCUUUGCGCGCACGACUACCUCGCCUCAGGACCACGUUUGGCGAGGACGGGGAGGCGAGCGAAGUGGUUGGCGAUGCGCACCUCAGCGCUGGUGAGGAUCAGAUCUGGCCCUUGCCCAGAUCGCGCGAAGGAACGGCUAGCAGUGGCGACAAUAGCGGCGCUGUGAGCGGAUCUGGACGAGGAACAGCGAGCGGCAACGGAAGCGGAAGCGGAAGCGGAAGCGGAAGCGGAGGCGGAGGCGGUUCGAGGGGUGCGAGAGAGGGCAGCGGAGGGACCAAUCCUGGUGCCGAAUAUGCAGAGACGGGCUUACCUUCCCAGAGCCGGUUUUCAGUGACUCCACCGAGCACGAGCCAUCGCGACGCGUUCGCGGCCGGUCCGCCCGAGCCCGAGCCCGACGACGAUGGUCGACGUGGACCAAGUUCAGCCUUGACUGCUUCUUCGAAAACGACUUCGCAUUCGUGGCGCUCGAGUCGAGGAACGCGAGGCACGGACAGAGGUCAUGACGAGAGCAACAACAGCGAUCCCUCUCCGCGGCGGGGCCACGAGCGUUCGGACUCUUCGCGCUCUGGUGCGAGCAGCAAUGGAAGCAGCGACGUGAGCUUGAGAGCUAGCGUCAUUCGAGCAUACACCUGGCUCACUAGGGAAGAGGAGAAUGAUCUCUUGCCUAGCGCUGCGCAACGACCCGACUCUAUUCUGGAUAGCCAGACCAGCUCACACCCUGCAGGCUUGCCGAGCUAUUAUCGAAGAGGAUGAACCUUUUGGGGGAGGCGGCGGCAAAUGUACCGUACCCAGCAUGCGCGCGUGCACACUUUUGAGCAUCUAUACCAGAGCGCAGCACUGUGCGACUUCUCCCUGUACGUUUUCUCAGCUUUGAACACUCUUUGACGCGGACUCGCAAAGCAAAUCUAUAGAUG